CCAAGCUGUUUUCGAUACAACUUACGAUCAUGACCUCCGGGCUCUGGCCAAAAGAGCUCAACAAGCUUUGCCCAGAUUGCGAACACCUGUUUCCUCCCUCCGGACCAUGGCCGUGGGACGGGGGUACAAUCGGCAAGUUCAAAAGAGAUGUGCGCGAGCCUAGCGUCGAGGAGCUCGACGCUUCAGCAACUUCCACCGGGUGCCAUCUAUGCCGAGCUCUUCUGGAAUGUAUUUUGCCCGGGUCGAUGAAGUUCAACCGGCACGACUACCCUACCUGGUUCGAACUCAACAAGGAAUUUCGGUACAGCGUUUCGCUUUAUGACGCCCGGCAUGACUCAAACCAACACCUUCGAUCCGUUUCUUUGGGGUUGACGGCAACGGGGGAGCGUAGGUGGAUGGGCGUGCAAGUACGGUGGUUAACCCUCUACAGAGCACGUCCGGUAUUGUCUGAUGGCUGCUCAGAAACACCCAAUGUCAGGCGGGGCCGCUGGAUCUUCAAAGAGGUUGAUCCUCCAGCGCAUUCUGAGGAAAUCGAGGACGCUGGACUCAUGGACGUUGACGUUGUUCAGCCAACGUCCGCCACAACAUUUGACCCUCUCGCCUUCGCACAGCUGCGCAGAUGGGUAGACGAGUGCACUCAAAAGCAUGAGCUCUGCAAGAUAGCACCGUCCGGCCAGAAUUCCAUCUUCGGCGGCUUCCAACAGACGGUGCGGUUGGUCGAUGUCGGACUCGAUGAUAGCUCACCCAUUCGUCUGGUGGAACAUUUCAGAGUGGACCAAGUCCGAUACAACACACUCAGUUACCAGUGGACAGCGGACACAUCAAAGGCCAGUCUAAAGAAGCAUAACAAAGCCGCCUACUGCCAUGCGAUUCCCACAGAAGCCUGGCCCAAGGUGUACAAGGACGUCGUGAUUGUUUGUCGGUCCCUUGGUGUUCGCUACGUAUGGAUUGACUCCCUCUGCAUCGUCCAGGAUGACCUGGAAGAUUGGGAAGUCCAGUCAUCCAUGAUGCAGGAUAUCUACUCCCAUGGCUAUCUCAAUCUCGCCAAUGUGCUAGGGAAGCACGCGGAUGGGCUGGAAGUAAGCCGCGAUCCCACGGCUACUUCGCCCUGCAUUUUAUCACGCACGCUUGCGGAUGGUUCAACAGAACAUUGGGGAUGUAUCGAGGACGGCAAUUGGCGGGAGCAGAUCCAGGAUGCACCGCUAUACACGAGAGGGUGGUGUUAUCAGGAGCGGUUUCUUUCUGCGCGGACAGUUCAGUUUGGCCCGCAGCUCUACUGGGAAUGUAGGGAGCAGUUUGCUUCCGAGUCGGUUCCGUCCAGCAAGGCCUUUUACGACAUCAAACACCCGGACCUCAUCACCACCUCUGCCAAGGAGAAGGAGAGUGCUGGUGGGACGUUGAGUCCAGCUGAGAUAUGGGAAACGGUGGUCAAGAUUUACACCACCACCCAGCUAACGCAGCAGUCCGACAAGCUGGUAGCCCUCAGAGGCGUCUUCAACCGCUUCUGGGAGCGAUUCGAAGCCGAAGCCGAAGCAGCCAGACAGCAAGAGUCAAGCCAGCAAGGUCAGCAGCACCAGCACAACAUCGACUGGUGCAUAGCAGGCCUCUGGAAGCGCGACCUCAUCCGCCAGCUCCUCUGGCGUCGCGAAACCUACCACGUCGAUUCUAUUCCCAACCCCGAACGCUGGCCCGAAGAAGAUGCCACCGAACAAAAAUCGUUCAACGCCCGCGCGACCGAAGUCCUCAAACUCUACCCCUCCUGGUCCUGGGCCGCUUGUCCCUCAUACCUCGGUUUCGGCGUCUGCUUCACCACGCAACCCACCGAUCGAGUCGAGGAUAUGGUUGUCAUCGAGAAAAUCGUACCCGGGGGUACAAGCACCGACUACACAGCCUUCGACUCCUCCGCCCUCGUCCUCCGCGGCCUGCUCUACGACGGCAUCAACGCCAUCGACCUAUCCCAAGUCUUUUUCGACUGGCGCUCCAAAUCCGAAUCUUCCGGAACCGUCAAGCACAAGCACCACGCUCAACUCAUCCGGCGGUCGGCGUGGUGGAUCUACUUUGACCGGCCACUACAACUCACCACCCCCCUACUAAGACCAGAAAACGUAGGCGUGCUGAUGGUCAGGCUGGUGGGCUUAGGCGAGGUGAGGCAGACGAGGUGGAUGCAUGGCCUUUUGGUGGAAAAGUUGGGGACGGGGACGGUGGGGGAGGACGACGGGUUGCCGUUGCCGACGUAUAGACGGAUGGGGUUUUUCUUGCUUAGGAGUAAACGGGGAUUGAUUCCGGGGGUGGAGUGGCCGGAGAGGUUUGGCACGAGGGAGGAGGCGGAGGAGGCGGUGCGGGAGGUGAGGGAGAGGAGGGGAAGGUUUCCGUUGUUGAGGUUGGUGUAG